UUUUUGACGUAUUUCAGAACGAAACGCAAUUUGACAGAUGCUGUUGCUGAGGUUUUUGGGAACAUUUUAAUUUUGCUUUACGUUUCAAGAAUGUUAUCAAAAUAGAUAACGUUAUGCUGCGUUGUAAUUCCUUCGUGAACAGGUGUUAAAGUCGCGUCAGCGUUAGUGAGAAGCACACUAUAACGAGGUGUCGAUAGAUAUGCCACUGUCGUGAUCGAGACCGCGUUUUGUUCUUUAUUUUGCCAAAAAAGGGCGCACAAUUAUUGUGAACGUUAUGUAAUGUGAAUUGUAGUGUUUUCGAGUGUUUAUAAUAUUGUGGGGACGAUGAGGACGGUGGCGUUGAUCAGCGGGGGUAAGGACAGCUGCUACAACAUGAUGCAGUGUGUCGGCGCCGGGCACACGAUCGUAGCGCUGGCCAACCUCCAACCAAUACAUAAAGAUGAAAUGGACAGCUACAUGUAUCAGACUGUUGGGCACCAAGGUAUAGACCUGUAUGCUGAGGCUAUGGGUCUGCCUUUAUACAGGGAAACUAUAACUGGCAAUGCUAUAAGCCAGGGCAGGACCUAUGACCCCACAGACAAUGAUGAGGUUGAAGACCUGUACAGACUCCUUUCUAAAAUUAAGAAUGAAUUAGAUAUAGAGGCAGUCGCCGUUGGUGCCAUAUUAUCAGAUUACCAAAGAAUUAGAGUUGAAAAUGUAUGUCACCGGUUAGGUCUAGUCUCGCUUGCGUACCUAUGGAGGCGGAAUCAAAAGGAAUUGUUACAGGAGAUGAUAGCAAGCGGCGUCGAAGCUAUUAUUAUUAAGGUGGCCGCACUAGGGCUGGACCCGCGGGUGCACCUGGGCUUGACGCUGCGCGACAUCCAGCCGCACCUGCUGCUCAUGCAGGACAAGUAUGGGCUCAACGUGUGCGGCGAGGGCGGCGAGUACGAGACCUUCACCUUAGACUGCCCUUUGUUUAAGAAGAAAUUAGUUGUAAAUGAUAAAGAGCUGGUGAUACACUCGGACGACGCUGUCGCCCCUGUCGGAUACUUAAACUUAAAACUGCAUCUGUCGCCGAAAGAGAACUUCGAUGAACCUAUCAAACUACCUCCGACUGUCAAAAACCCGUUAGAUUUUGUAAACGAUUUAAGCGACUCUGUGUUUAGCGAUAUAAGCGAUAUUGAAUUGAGCGAGACAGAGCUAGAGUCUAUAGAGAAGUUGGAGAAGGAGGAGAAGAAGAAGAAGCAGCAAAAAGAACUGAAUCCAUUGCUCACAUAUUCUGGUGAUAAGGAAACUAGUAUAGAAUUGGAUUAUAGGAAUGAUAUCGAGACGGAUAGUAUACCGGUGGUGGAGGGGGGGUAUACGUACGAGCAGGCUCACAGCAAGCACGAGGCUCAGCCGAUACAGGACCACAGGAGUAUAUACGGGAACAAGCACGGCUGGUACUUCAUAGGAGGGAUCGUCGGCGAGGGGCACGAUACCAGGCUCGCUACGGAGGAAGCUAUGAAAAAACUCAUUAAUUUAUUGGAGUCUGAAUCACUACGUCUCCAAGACGUAUGCUCUGUGAACAUCUACAUGCGAGAUAUGCAGGAGUAUGCGGCUUUGAACGAGGUCUAUGCUAGCACAUUUCACUUCCCUAACCCACCGACGCGCGUCUGCGUGCAAGUCCCACUGCCUGACGACGUCGGCUUAAUAUUAGAUGCUGUUGCUCAUAAGUCAAACACAAACAAUCAGAAUGAGAACGACGGCAAUUGUUCGAAGGAGCGCGUCACGAUGCACGUGCAGGGUAUAUCGCAUUGGGCGCCAGCUAAUAUUGGACCGUACAGCCAGGCGAUUAAGGUGGGCGAGGUGAUGGGCACGUGCGGCCAGAUCGCGCUGGUGCCGGGCACGCUGCGGCUGGCGGGCGGCGGGCCGCGCGCGCAGUCCACGCUGUCGCUGCGGCACCUCACGCGCGUGCUGCGGGCGCUGCACCCGCGCGCGCACAUCCGCAGCGUCGUGCAGAGCGUGUGCUACGUGACGGCGGGCAGCGCGGUGGGCGAGGCGCGGCGCCAGCUGGAGCGGCGCACGGCGGGCGCCAUCGUGCAGUACGCGGUCGUGCAGGCCCUGCCGCGCGCCGCCAGCGUCGAGUGGCACGCCUGGGCGCACUCCGACAACAACCGCUUCGAGUAUGAGGAAACAGGAUGCAACGUAGGUGAUUUCAAAGUCGCCAUCACGAGGAGGUGGAACUACGAAAACACAGUUGCUGCUUUUGUUUGCUAUGUUGCCACAGGUUCUUCCCCAUCGACGUGCCAGCUGUCGUUCCCGAGCGAGGAGUCGUGCCAGUCGCACGUGUCGCGCGCGCGCAGCAUGACGCGCGCGCAGCUCGAGCACGUGCUGGAGUACGCGCUGCGCAAGCUCACGCAGCAGCGGCAGGACACCGGACACGCCGUCAAGAUGCGGAUACUCUACCAGGUGUGGAGUGCGCCGGGCGUGUCCCUGAUAACGGAGGCGGUGGAAGCGGUCCGCGCGCGCACGGGGCUGCGCGCCGCCGCCACGGCCGUGCCCGUACUGGCGCUGCACAACGCCUUCACCUUCCUGUCCAUCAGCGGACUGCGCCUCGACGAGUGACGGGCCCCGCCACAGUUGCAUGCACCUCAAGACGGCUCAAGAUUGGCGUUACAUUCGAUCAUGAGUCCGCGAUGCACAAAGCGAUCCCCUCUCUUCCUGCCGAGCGCUCAAGAUCCUUGCCGGUAACUAUAAUGCUGCAUUGUAAUUGUAAAUGUAAAUAUAAACAUGGUUCGACACUAAUGAGUUACGUCUCUUGUCAAGCCUUUGGUAAGAUAUGUCGCUCUCGUAUCGGUCUGUUCAGUCAUGAAAGGCUUUGUAUCACAGACAUCGCCCCAUAUAUCGUCUGCAAUAGACAAAAAGGCCGUUGAAAUGUAAAUAUCUGCCAGCUACAGUAUGUGCUUAAUGUGCGUUGAAUUUCAAAGCAAGUUAAAAAGAACAGAAUUUUCUUAACAUUUCAAUACAUUAUUAUUGCAAUACUAACAUUAUAUAAUCAAAAAGAAAUCAUUGCCCAUUUAUGACGUUAAAACUAAACAGUGCACUGCCUGUAAUAAAAGACUCAUCACGACUUUGUUACUUACGUAUAAUGGUGGGAAUAAAAAAUAUAAUUAUCAAAUCUUCAUUUAGGAUAUAAUCUCCACUUAUUGAAA